CUGGAGUCCAUGGAGCUUCGAAAUGCUCCCAAUCGUCAUCUCUUCGAGAAAUGAACUCCCAACUGCACUGCGAAAGAGCCUAAACCACCUCCUAUUUUCACAUUUUCUUCGCAGAUUCUCGACUGUUCGAUCCCUAGACCCCACCUAUCCCUCCCUCCCGCCGCGGAGAAACCAAUAAAACCACCGCUGCCGCCGUCCGCCGACGCCGCCGGCGACAGUUUUUUCCUUAACAAAAAUGGCCGACCAGAAAUCAGACGACGAUGUAAUAUACCUCCACGGCGAUCUGGACCUUACAAUAAUCGAAGCUCGGUUUUUGCCAAACAUGGACUUGGUCUCCGAGCACCUCCGCCGUUGCUUUUCCGUGUUCGACGUCUGCCGGAAGCCUUGCACCGCCGAUCAUCGCCCUCCCGAUCACAAACCCCACCGCAAGAUCAUCACCAGCGAUCCGUAUGUUACGGUUUGCCUAUCCGGGGCCCGGGUUGCCCGGACCCGGGUCAUAUCCAAUUCGCAGAACCCGGUUUGGAACGAGCAUUACAAGAUCCCAAUAGCUCAUCCCGUUUCUCAGGUCGAAUUCGAGGUGAAAGACAAUGACAUGUUUGGUGCUGAGCGGAUUGGGAUUGCCUCAGUUCCGGCGAAGAGGAUCGCAGCCGGAGAGCCGAUCGACGAUUGGUUUCCGGUGAUAGGAUCAAAUGGGAAGCCUCCAAAGCCUGAAACUGCAAUCAGAUUGCAGAUGACAUUCACUCCCUGCCAUAAGAGCUCUGUUUACUUAAAUGGCCUUUCAGACAACUAUGGUGUGGAGAGAAGCUAUUUUCCUCUGCAUCGAGGAGGUAAGAUCACCCUCUAUCAAGACGCGCACGUGAUCGACGGAAUGCUGCCGGAGAUUGAGCUGGAUGAAGGGAUGAAGUUCGAGCAUCAGAAGUGUUGGGAGGACAUAUGCCACGCGAUAUUGGAGGCACACCAUUUGGUGUACAUUGUAGGCUGGUCGAUUUAUCAUAAGGUGAAGCUUGUUAGAGAGCCGACUAAACCAUUGCCUGACGGCGGCGAAUUAACUUUGGGAGACUUGCUCAAGUACAAAUCUCAAGAAGGGGUGAGAGUUUUGUUACUGGUUUGGGAUGACAAGACUUCUCAUCACAAGUUUGGGCUUAAAACGGAAGGAGUGAUGCAGACUCACGACGAAGAAACCAAGAAGUUUUUCAAGCACUCGUCUGUUACGUGCGUCUUAUCCCCGCGCUACGCAAGCAGUAAGCUUAGCAUUGUCAAGCAACAGGUUGUAGGAACUCUGUAUACUCACCAUCAGAAAUGUGUGAUUGUUGAUUCUCAAGGCCAUGGAAAUUACCGGAAGAUAACUUCAUUCGUUGGUGGUUUAGAUCUCUGCGAUGGACGCUAUGAUACACCUGAGCAUAGACUGUUUCGCGAUCUUGAUACAGUUUUCCAGGAUGACUUUCAUAACCCAACAUUUCAACCAGGCAAGAAAGCACCUAGACAGCCAUGGCAUGAUUUACAUUGCAAAAUCGAAGGCCCUGCUGCAUAUGAUGUGCUGACUAACUUUGAGCAGAGGUGGAGGAAGGCCACUAAAUGGGCCGAGCUUGGGAAAAAGUUUAAAAGAAUAUCGCACUGGAAUGACGAUGCUUUAAUUAAGCUCGACCGAAUUUCAUGGAUAGUCAGUCCUUCAGGAAAUGUUUCAAGUGAUCAUCCUUCUUUGCGCGUUUCUGAUGAAGAUGAUCCGGAGAAUUGGCAUGUGCAGGUGUUCCGGUCCAUUGAUUCGGGUUCAGUGAAAGGUUUCCCAAAAAAGGGAAAUGUCGGCGAGCAAAACCUUACCCGUGUGAAGAAUUUGGUCGUGGAUACGAGCAUUCAAAUGGCUUAUAUACAGGCUAUUCGGUCUGCUCAACACUUCAUCUACAUCGAGAAUCAAUAUUUCCUCGGAUCAUCUUAUGCUUGGCCGUCCUACAAAAAUGCCGGCGCCGACAAUUUAAUCCCAAUGGAACUUGCAUUAAAGAUCGCCAGUAAAAUAAGGGCCAAAGAGAGAUUCGCCGUUUAUGUAGUAAUCCCUAUGUGGCCGGAGGGCGCUCCCGAAUCUGCCUCUGUACAAGAAAUUCUCUAUUGGCAGGGGCAAACGAUGCAAAUGAUGUAUGAGAUCAUUGCUCAAGAGAUAAAGUCGGCACAGCUCGAGAAUACACAUCCGACGGACUAUUUGAAUUUCUACUGUCUUGGCAACCGAGAAGAGUGCCACAACGAGCAAUCGAAUGGGAACGGUCAUGCCGCCUCCAACGGAAAAAGCGAUACGAAUUCGAAGAAAUUUGGACGGUUUAUGAUCUAUGUGCACGCCAAAGGAAUGAUCGUCGAUGAUCAGUACGUGAUUCUAGGUUCCGCCAAUAUCAACCAGCGCUCGAUGGCUGGUACGAGAGACACUGAGAUCGCCAUGGGAGCUUAUCAGCCGCAUCACAUCUGGAACUCGAAGAAGAAACAUCCUCGCGGCCAAGUAUAUGGAUACAGAAUGUCGCUAUGGGCAGAGCACAUCGGCAGCAUCGACGACUGCUUCCAUGAUCCCGAAAAUUUGGACUGCGUAAGGUACGUCAAUGGCGUCGCAAAAGAUAACUGGACUCGGUUCACUGCUGAGGAUUUCACUCGUCUACAAGGACACUUGCUUAAAUAUCCGGUGGAAGUCGCGGCAGACGGCAAGGUAAAACCCCUACCUCGACACGAAAACUUCCCGGACGUUGGCGGCAAGGUGCUCGGCGCCGCCACCGGCCUGCCUGAUGCUCUGACAACAUAGAACACAUACAUAGGUACCAGGAUUUCAUGUCUGUAGUUUAAAUAAUUUUACCACUUUCAGGCUGCCAUUGUCGUGUAACAUAUAAGGUGUGUGUGUUUGUGCUCGUUUGGUAUCUCUCUCUGUAUAAUUUUUGUUUUCAUGUACGUAAUUUGCUAUGGUGUUCU